AUGGCAGCAAUGAUCCGUUUAUUUCUAACAUGUGUUUUUCUUGCAACGAGUGUAUGUGGUGCUAAAAUGAGCCGAGCAGAAAUCCAAAGUUGUUAUGAAAAAUCGAAAAGCUUAGAAACAGCUUGUGAAUUUCACCAAUGCUUUCAUGAACGGUAUCAAUGUAACGACGAAAGUGUGACCGCAUGGGCCCUUGAACUAUGUCGACAAUUUCCCAAAGAUGUUGUUCUUCAAUUUACUCCACCGGGAACCAAAAUGAUGAUCGAUAUCGCAAAUUGUACUCAAAAUUUUCUCGCUCGAAUCUUUCAACAACGGAAAACGUUGAAUUGCAAUGCGUUUGAAUCGAAAUACUUCUCUACUUUAACCAAAUGUUACGCAAACGAGAAAAACUUCUGUGACAUUUUCAAAACUAACCGAGCAAUCUUUAUGAAACAAGCAACAGCGAUCAUGAUGAAAAAACCACGAGCAUUACAAGCAUUCGCUGCUGCUGCUAAAGACUGCACACGUCUGAAUUAA